UCCUCUCUACCCCUCCCUCUCUUAGUUUCUCCCUCCUUCCCUCUUCCGUCCUCCCACCUCCCUUAUUCUGUCUUAAGCCCACACCCUUGUGCAGACCUAGAUGUGCAGACACCCGAAGACACUCGCAGCCUUGUCUACCUCCAUCUCUUUCCAUCCCUGCCCUGGCGGAUUAGAGCACACUACUGUGUGUAACAAAGCAACAAUGUCUGACAAACCUGACCUGACAGAGAUCGCCUGUUUUGACAAGACCAAACUGAAGAAGACUGAGACGAAAGAGAAGAACCCCCUGCCAACCAAAGAGACCAUUGAACAGGAAAGGAAAGGGGAUGCCACGCCUUGAUGUGACUUGGUGAAGAAGAGGAGAAGAGGAGGAGAGGGAAACAGGAGAGGAGACAGAGAUGCCACCAACAAAAUCACUUUGUUUUGUCUGUCUGUCAGUAUUCUACUUUAAGUCACGUUGUGUUGUAUAACAGGGUGCUGUAGGGCCCCAGGAGAUGCAGUAGUGGAGGAGGGUACAUGGGAUGUAUUCCAAAUGGCACCUUAUUCCCUAUGUAGUGCAAUACUUUUGACCUGGUCCACUAUAUAGGGAAUAUGGUGCCAUUUGAGACACAGCAUGCCAUCUUCACAGGGCUCUAUCUUUCAUUAGGAGAAUAGAGUUGUAACAUGGAUGCCAGGAUGGUUCUAUUUUAAAUAACAAGUAUUGGGCCAGAAACCCUCUACCCUCUAGACUUCACCCCUUUACUCCCUAGCCUCUACACCCUAGCCUUUUCUGCUUUACUCCCUAGCCUCGACAACCUAGCCUUUACUCCUUUACUCCCUAGCCUCGACAACCUAGCCUUUACUCCUUUACUCCCUAGACUCUACACCCUAGCCUUUACUCCUUUACUCCCUAGCCUCUACACCCUAGCCUUUACUCCUUUACUCCCUAGCCUCUACACCCUAGCCUUUACUCCUUUACUCCCUAGACUCUACACCCUAGCCUUUACUCCUUUAC